AUGCGGCGCCCAGUUCGAUGGCAACUCACGGCGACCCCAUCCCAGCUGCUAAAACUGCUAAACGCAUUUUUCCACAGCCUGCGCCCAGCAUCGCUGAGCUUCCGGGCGGAUUCCAGUACGGACGGCCCUGAUGUCGCAUCAGCCAGCACAAUUGGUUGGCGACGUCGAGUCGAAUUGAUGCUGUCGUCCAUGCGCUUUUUGUACUUCAUACGGUCCCGCAGCCUCGGCAGCCUUUUCAAAUGCGCCGAUACGCGCAUGGUGCUGAGGAGGGCACUCCGGUAUCCGCCGACCAACGGGAAAACGCGAACGAUCUUCAUCGAAUUCUUAAUGGCUGCUGACCGGAGCGAGGAGGAUAUGCAGCAAUUUCUGACCAGGUGCAUCCUUGGGAAACUGUGGGAUGAUCGGGACGGGCCCUGCAGCAUCUCCGUCGAGAAAAAGCCGCACAUUGGCGAGCCGGGGGAAUACGUCGCCUGCUGCCAAUUCUUCCAGGAUUCUGCGGCAACCGGCGGCCAGUUUUGGCGGUGUCCGGAUGAAGUGAGGCGAGGCCGCGACGCCAUUUCGGAGCAUUGUUACAACAGCGCCUGGCAGCAAGUGUUGGAAGCGGAUACGCCC